CUACGUUUUCUCACGAUAAUCUUCUGCAAAAUCCCCCAUCUUCUUAAUUUCUCCCUCCCUUUACUUUCAUCAUCUGAAGGCAAUCCAUCAACCCAGUAAUUGAUUUUUGUAGGACUUAUAUAUAUAUAUAUUGUAUCUCUUUCUGUCUCUCUCUGUUAUAGAUCUGCAUCAUUCAAGUUCAUCGAAACCCUAGUUAUUGCACGGACAUAAUCAUAAUCAUCAAUGGCUUCUUCUCCUGGUGGUGGUGCUUCUUCUGCAACUUCAUCUGAUCAUCAUCAUCAAGAAGAUGUGAUGGACCAGAAGAAGAGGAAGAGAAUGAUAUCGAACCGCGAGUCGGCGCGGCGAUCGAGGAUGAAGAAACAGCAGCAUCUGGACGAUCUGGUGAGGCAGGUUGGUGAGCUGAGGAAGGAGAAUGAAGAGAUUAUGAAGAACUUGAGCUUAACCAGCCAACUUCAUAUGAACAUGGAAGCAGAGAAUGCAAUCUUGAGGACCCAAAUGGCUGAGUUAACAAACAGAUUGGAAUCUCUUAAUGAGAUCAUAAGUUAUAUAAACUCAUCAAGCAGUUAUGUGUUCAAUAAUGAUGAUGAGACUGAGAUGAUCUCUGAUUGUGGCCUCUUCAACAAUUGGAACCAACCUAUCAUGGCUGCCGGUGGAAAUAAUAAUAUGAUGUAUUAUUGAUUAAUUAAGUAAGGUGUGUAAGGAUGAUUAUUAGGGUUUUUAAUUUAUUGUAAGAUUCUCUGAACUUGAAGAGAGAGAUAAUAAGAUUUGAUUUGCUUGUCCUUACAAUUUUAUUUGAUUGUUAAUCAUCUUUUUCUGGCUCUUUUUCUCAA